GCCCGCUUCCGCCCUGAAGUGCGGGCCGGGGCGCGGCGGGCGGAGCGGGCGGGUUUGAAUCGGUGCCGUUCCCGGUCCGGGGAUGCCAUGGACUUUUCGGAGCUGUUCAAGCUCUCCGGGCUGCUCGGCAGGUUCUCCCCCGACGGGAAGUGCUUGGCUUCCUGUGUGCAGUACCGACUGAUCAUUCGGGACGUGAAUACCCUCCAGAUCCUUCAGCUGUACACUUGCCUGGACCAGAUUCAGUACAUAGAAUGGUCAUCUGAUUCUCUUUUUAUAUUGUGUGCCAUGUACAAGCGAGGGAUUGUUCAGGUCUGGUCCUUGGAGCAGCCAGACUGGCACUGUAAGAUAGAUGAAGGGUCAGCAGGAUUGGUGGCUUCAUGUUGGAGUCCGGAUGGUCGUCACAUUCUCAAUACAACGGAGUUUCAUCUGCGGAUAACUGUAUGGUCCUUGUGUACAAAAUCUGUAUCUUACAUCAAGUAUCCCAAAGCUUGUCAGCAGGGGAUAGCUUUCACCAAGGAUGGCCGCUAUAUGGCAGUAGCAGAAAGACGUGACUGCAAAGACUUUGUCAGCCUCUUUGUGUGCAGUAACUGGCAGCUGCUGAGGCAUUUUGACACUGAAACACAAGAUCUGUUUGGAAUUGAGUGGGCUCCCAAUGGCUGUAUUCUGGCAGUGUGGGACACAUGUCUUGAGUACAAAAUAUUGCUGUACUCCCUUGAUGGCAGGCUGCUGUCCACAUAUCAGGCUUAUGAAUGGUCAUUAGGCAUAAAAUCCAUUGCCUGGAGUCCCAGCAGUCAGUUUUUGGCAAUUGGCAGCUAUGACGAAAAGGUGCGUAUCUUGAAUCAUGUAACUUGGAAAAAGAUCACAGAGUUUGAACAUCCAGCAACUGUUACUAACACAAAGACUAUUGUAUAUAAAGAAGUGGAGAAAUCCCCAUCUGUUGAAACAGAGAGAUUUUCUUUCCCUCCGACAAGAGCAUUGGCUAGUUCUGUCUUCAGCACCCAAAGUAAAUAUGACAUUUCCCAGGUGCCAGUCUCUUUCCAGUACAUCAAACCUGUUGCUGAUAGGGCUAAUCCCAAAAUGGGGAUUGGGAUGUUGGCGUUCAGUCCAGAUAACUGUUUCCUGGCAACCAGAAAUGAUAACAUUCCUAAUGCUGUCUGGAUCUGGGACAUUCAAAAACUGAAACUGUUUGUAGUGUUAGAGCAGCUGUGUGCCAUCCAGUCCUUCCAGUGGGAUCCACGACAACCUCGACUUGCUGUAUGUACAGGAAAUAGCAAAGUCUACCUAUGGUCCCCAGCUGGAUGUGUGUCAGUACAAGUUCCAACAGAAGGUGACUUCCAGAUUGUUUCUCUCUGUUGGCAUCCUAGUGGAGAUUCCAUGGCACUUCUGAAGAUUGAGGCUGUCAAAAUGAAUGAAGUUGGGGACAUUUACCUUUACUGAAAGGUAACAAUGAAGCAGAUACCUUAGAAAAGGCAUUGAGAGGUGCAUGCAACUUGUUGCAUUCCACUGUUAUUUCAGCUUUGUGUAAGUUUCAGAAACACACAUCAAGGUCAAAAAAAAAAGCUACUGCAGCACAGUAUUUAUUCAGCAUUGUAGCUGUGCAGACAUAUUCCCAUAAAACCAUGUGUAUAGGAGAUCACAGACAAUGACGAAGCUUGUUACAGUAACCUCAUGAGCACUUCUGGUUAUAGUAUCUCUCCCCUGCUUCUGAAAUUCAGUACUGGAGGUUUGUAUGAGGUUCAGUGUAAGAAUGUAUAAAUCAAGAUUGACAUACAAUGCUCAGAAGAUCUAUCUGUCUCUGUUAGGAGGUCCCGUGCUGCUGCUGGGCCAAACUAGAGAGGAUUUAAGAAAAUUGCUAUGAGUGUAAAUGUGAUCAAAGUAGGGUUACUCUUAUAAAACUGUCCCGAAAAAUAACAGCUCUGAAGGCAAAUGUUUGCAAUGCUUUUGGCAAUACGCUCUCAAGACAGUCUUUAUGGCUGCAGCAAAAGAUGGUACGAAAUAGCAACUCAGAUUCAGUUGAGAGAAGGAGCUACUUCUACAGAAAGCUAAUAAAUAUAUAUUCAGCCAUGUGCCUGUUGAUAAAGUAAUAGUUCACAUACCCUCCUUCUGAGCAGAUGUAACAAGAUUUGCUGGCUCUUUUGCUAAAGAAUGCCUGUUAUGAAUCCUGAAAGCUGUGUCAGUCAGUCAUCAAUGUGCUAAGGUCACUGUAACUGGGAGACACUGAAACCUCUUUAAGCAAUACAAAUCAAUCCCAAGCACACCACGUGAUUUAGAGGUACAACUGUCAUAUGGCACAGUAUUUUGGACAUUGUUUGCAGCAGAUACUGAUUGCACAGAUUAACAGGGAAGAAUGUGUAGUUAGAAAUGGAAGAGGAAACAGCACUGCUUGCUGGCCCUGUGUAAGAGCUGUUAGUUAGCUAUAAAAUACAGGCAUGACACCACUGUGUGUCUGCUUCAGCUCCCUCUGCAUCGUGCAUUCUUCUCUCCAUAACAACCAGAGCCUCCUGUGAACUGCUGGUUCUGCAACCACCCCCUUUCCUUCCUGUAAUGUCUUUGCUUUGCUUAUCAAAUAUGGUGUGCUCUCCCCAAGAGCCUGACAUAAAAUCACUUUCCCUUUAAAAAGACCAAAUGCUAUGCAUUUUAAAACCCAAUUUUGCCUCUUGUCAUGGAGUAGCCAAGCUUGGCCUCGUUGUUGAUGAAGGACAUCAAUCCCACAUAUGUCUCAAUCAGAAGAGGCCGCUCCAGCACCAGGACACCGUUGGCCCUUCCUGGCAAUGGCCACUCCUUGUGAGCUUUCUUCACAGCCUGGAUGAGCUGAGUUUUAAAGUUUUCCAACUGAAAGAUUAAAACAAAAGUAAUAAUCA